AUGAAUGAAGCUGUCUCUGAAGAUAGUCAUGCAUUGUUGGCAUUCAAAUCCAUGAUUACACAUGACCCUCAAGGUAUCAUGAGAUCUUGGAAUGAUUCUCUUCCUUUUUGCCUUUGGGCAGGAGUGACAUGCGGUCGUCGCCACCAAAGAGUCACAAGCUUGGAUCUACCAAACAUGGGCUUAGUGGGUACUUUAUCACCUUAUCUUGGCAACCUAAGCUUCCUCAUGGACAUUAGCCUUGAAAACAAUCAUAUUCAUGGAAGUAUCCCUCCUGAAAUAGGUAACUUGUUUCGAUUACGAGUACUCUCCCUUCGUAAUAACUCGUUCACAAAAAGAAUCCCACCCAACAUAACAAGUUGCUCAAAACUAUCGUAUUUUGACUUAUCUUACAAUAUGCUGUCUGGAAAAAUUCCAAAUAUUUUCACUUCUCUGUGGAUGAUCAAAACGUUAAGGUUGAGUAAAAAUAACCUAACGGGUGGAAUUCCACCAUCCAUUGGCAAUCUCACAUCUCUUGAAGAACUCAUUCUUUCUUAUUGUCCAUUGGGAGGGAGCAUUCCAGAUUCCUUCAGUCGGUUGAAAAACUUGCAAAGAUUAAGCUUGGGAGAAAAUGGCCUCGUUGGAUCCUUUCCAUCGUUUAUCUAUAACCUUUCCAAGUUACAACUUUUAAAUUUUCCAGAAAAUCAACUUGUUGGCAGUCUACCCUCCAACUUAUGUCUGGGUCAACCCCAUUUCCAAAGACUAGAAUUGUCGUAUAAUCACUUCACUGGAUUCCUUCCGUCCUCGAUAUCAAACUGCUCAGAGUUGCAAAUCUUUGAUGCUUCUAGUAAUGAUUUCAUGGGGGACAUAGCUACUGAUUUUGGAAAACUCAGACAUCUUAAGUGGUUAUCUUUUGGUCGAACCGAGGAGGAUCUUGGUGUCAUAAAAAAGUUUGAUUCACUGUCUAAUUGCAGCAAUUUGGAAGUAUUACAACUUGAAGGCGUCCGAUUAACGAGGGGGUUACCAAAUUCGUUUGGGAACUUAAGCAAACUGACGAUCCUAGCACUUCAAAAUAGCUACAUAUCAGGCACCUUGCCUUCAUCUAUAGGCAAUUUGUUUAGCUUAACUGUCCUUUCUUUAGCUGGAAAUAACUUCACAGGCAUGAUUCCCAAAACCAAUGGCAAGCUUCAAAAGUUAGGAGUGCUACAUCUAGAGGUUAACAGUUUCUCUGGGAUCGUUCCUAGAUCUAUCGGAAACCUGUCAUCCUUAAAUCAAAUGGAAUUAAGUAGAAACAAAUUGGAAGGUAGUAUACCCUCGAGUAUCGGGGAAUGCAAAAACUUGAUACUUCUAUCACUUGCUGCAAAUAAUCUUAGAGGAAGUAUACCCAAAGGACUAUUCCAAUUGUCUUCACUUUCGAUCAUACUAGAUCUGAGUCGAAACAACCUCUCUGGAGUGCUUCCAGAAGAGAUUGGCGGCCUGAAAAACUUAGGAACGCUCGAUUUGUCCCAGAAUCAUCUAUACGGUGAACUUCCUAGUAGUCUAAGCAGCUGCAUCAGCCUUCAAUUCUUAAAUUUUUCCAGCAAUUUCUUACAAGGAUCGAUGCCGGAAGCAUUGAGUUCUUUGAAAGCCCUCGAAUAUGUUAACCUAUCAAGAAAUAACUUUUCUGGACAUAUUCCUAGAUAUCUGCAACAAAUUCCUUUGAAGGAUCUAGAUCUUUCAUAUAAUGAUUUUGAGGGAGAUGUAUAUGUUAAAGGUGUGUUUGCCAACACAAAUGCAAUAUCAAUCAUAGGGAAUCAUAGACUUUGUGGGGGAAUACCUGAACUUCACCUACCCAAAUGCACAAGUAACGACUCCAAAAAAGGCAGAAAGCUUUCUCUUGGUGUUGUUGUAGCGAUUUCACUAUCUUCCGCUGUUGCAGGUAUAGCUCUAAUGUCAUUUGUCUACUGUUGUAUAAAGAAGAAGAAGAAAGAAAAAUCAUCAGAACCAAUGUUGACUGAAUCUUUUGAGAAGAUUUCAUAUGAAACGCUUUUCAAGGCGACUGAAGGGUUCUCUUCACAAAACCUGAUUGGUACAGGUAGCUUUGCUUCGGUUUACAAAGGAGUUGUCGAUGAAAAUGGGUCGACUGUGGCGAUAAAAGUACUAGACCUCCAAAGACGAGGAGCUUCCAAGAGUUUUAUAGCCGAGUGUGAGGCCUUGAGACAUAUUCGUCAUCGCAACUUAGUGAAGGUCAUAACUUGUUGCUCAAGCCUCGAUUUCCAAGGCAAUGAUUUCAAAGCUUUAGUGUACGAUUUCAUGUCAAAUCGGAGUCUAGAGAGUUGGUUGCAUUCACACACGACGCCUCAUGAAUACGUCCAGCCUCGUCAACUAGAUCUUGUUCAAAGAAUAAGCAUUGCCUAUGAUGUGGCUUGUGCUCUUGAUUAUCUACACUACCGCUGUGGAAACGUUGUUGUUCAUUGUGAUUUGAAACCAAGUAACAUUUUAUUGGAUGCUGAUAUGUUUGCUCAUGUCGGAGACUUCGGGCUUACAAAAAUUAUUUCCCCUGAAGAACAUUCUAAUGAAAACAAGAGUAGUUCAAGUGUUAUCAGAGGAACAAUCGGGUAUGCGCCUCCAGAAUAUGGUCUUGGAAAUGAGGUCUCCACCAGUGGGGACAUGUAUAGCUAUGGGAUCCUAUUUGUUGAAUGUGAAGCCAUUGGGAAGGCCAUGGCUGAUGGUUUUGUGCUUCAAAUUGUGGAUCCAAUGCUACUAAAUGAUGAUGUCAAAGACGCGUGUUUGAUUUCAUUAGUGAAAAUUGGCGUGCAAUGUUCUUCUGAAUCUCCACAAGAUCGAAUGAAUAUUGGGAACGUUAUUCACGAGCUCCUCUCAGUAAAGGUUGCAGCUCGUUCUUGA